AUGUCAUUUACCGAGGCUUAUAACAGCGAAGCAAAACAAAAAGAAGCGGGCUGCAGUGCGACGCCAUCUGUCGGUGAAGAAACGUACUGCACGGAAGAGCAGCUUGAUUCUGGUCCAUUUUCAUCUGAUCUGAAAUUAAUGGACAAUAAAUUACAACCCAUAGAAGAACAAGUACAAUAUCUUCUAGUGAAAGCCGACGAGCUUCAAAUCUGCCUGGUUCACAGCAAACUUAAUUCCGAGAAGGAGGAUUUCACUGAUGUGGUGCCAACGUUCCUGAAGAUGUGUCAGCCAUAUUUUAACUGCCUGGAGUCUACCGCUCGCAACACUUGUCCUGGUCGCUCUCCACUGCCCCAGUACAUUCGCACCCAGCUGUUGCAGUUUUCUCAGCAACUCUGCAGUCAGCUGGAGCAGCUGGUACUAAUAUACGCUUCAUACGGUUGCCUCUCUCUGGCCGAGACUGACCCAAUAGGUGUCUCUCAUUUCUACAUUGGCCAAUGUCAGGUGGAUAACAUCAACCUGUCAAUCUUCCGUUACGGUCAACCCACACCCUUCCUGGCUUUAACCAAUACUGGACUGUACAAACGAAUGCGCUGGAAUGUGGAGCGUAAGAAAGGGACAGAGGCAGGAGAAGAAGAAGAAACGAAUGACAACAGGACAGAGGUGAAACAAAGGAUGGAAAAAGAACAGGAGGCAAAUAGAGAGAGAAGGAUGGAAGGCAACAGUACAGAGUAUUACUUCCUCUGCCACGAGGACGUCCACUUAGUGGAGGGAGAAGUGAUGAUAGGACAGACAGACAGACAGAAAGGGGCGGAAGCAGUAAUGAAGAUGUGGUCUGUAGGGAAGUGGGUACAGAUAUAUCCAGACCCAGACCCAGAAGACAUCAUGGACUGGGUGCUGUGCACAAUUCCUCAAGGUCAAUACAAGCCGCUGAUGUAUCUGGGUCUGGAGGAGCCAUCGCCCUGCGUUGCCACAGACUGUCUGCUGAGGGUGCUGUUGCCUACGGAUGAUGAGAGCAUCACACACCCCAUCACUUUGGACUAAGAGUAUGUAACCCAACCAGGAACCAGAGAAUCAUUUUUAUAAGUACAGUUAGAAUCUAUUUUUCUUUUUGUUGUAGGUUCAUUUGCUUUUUCACUUCAAUUGUUAGUUUUAUAUUUUCUCUUGUAUUUGUCCGUUUUAUGUUACUUUCAACCGCUGAAAAGACGUCAGGUACCAAAUGUUAUCAUCUACCA